AUGGCAAAAAGUUUUCUGAGAUAUGAAGUGAAUGAUGGCAAUACUGCUCGGUUUUGGACUGAUAUAUGGUAUCCUAGAGGUCGUCUGAUCGAGGUUGCUGGAGAGAUUAGUACGCAAAGGCUGGGUAUUAGAAGGGAGGCUCAUAUCAGUGAGAUAUUUCAUGAGGGCCUAUGGCACUUUCGUAGAUGCAGGGACCCGAAUCUCCUCUCCUUGAUUGUCAACAUUAAAGCAUUUAACAUUUGCUUAACAGACGGUAGAGAUGCAGUUCUAUGGAAGAGAAGGGAUGGUAAUUAUGGUUCCAGGUCGUUUACCCAGUUUUCGCAAGGGAUUCCUCGAUACGCUUUCAUCACCUGGCUAGCCAUCCGUGAUAGGCUUUCCACAGGUCGUCGUACAAGCAGUUGGGGGCAACCGCAGUGCUGCAUUUUCUGUAUGGAACCAGAUGAGACAAGAGAUCACAUAUUUUUUGCUUGCCCCUAUACGUUUAUGGUUUGGUUGAAAGUGACAGGGAAUCUGUUUGGCUUGGAAACUGAUCCUGAUUGGGACAUAACUCUGUCUCGACUGCUCACUGGUUCGUACGAUCGAGUCACUUUUAUCUUUCUGAGACUGGUCUUCCAAGUGUCUGUUUACCUAAUCUGGCGUGAACGUAAUGAAAGAAAGCACAACACCAGCAACAAGUCAGUGGCUCUGCUAGCAAAGUUGAUCGAUAAGACCGUAAGGAACCGUAUCACUUCCCUCAAGUAUGCCUGCAACCCGCGACUGCAGGGCCUGAUGAUCCGAUGGUUUGAAGCACACGAUAGUACAACUUAG